GAGGAGUCAGUGAUGCCGCCAUUAUCAACGGAGGAAAAACGAGUUUAGUAGGCGAAGGAGUGGGGGAAAUUAUUAAGGCGAUUGUUGAAACGGAAAGUCGGGAUCCGGUGGUUUUGCUGGACGAAGUUGACAAAACUAGUUCUUGGUUUGGUGGCGGUAGUAUCGAAGAUGCCCUUUUGCAUGUGCUAGACCCCGAGCAAAACCGGAAUUUUAAGGACUGUUAUUUAGGUGUAGAAAUCGACAUCAGUUUUUUCACUUUUCUCUUGACCGCCAAUGACCUAGCCAAAGUCCCAGCACCACUGAGAAAUCGUUUGGAAAUUAUCAGACUACCCGCCUACACCGCAGAGCAAAAGUUUCAAAUUGGGAAAAUGAAAAUUGGCAAAAUCUUCGCGGAAAGUUAUCAGAAUAAAAAUAAAGACCUUUUUGAAAUGACAGACGGGGCUCUCCGCACUUUAAUUGGCAAAAUUGAGGAAGAGGGGGUUCGCCAGGUAGAAAGGAAAAUUAAGGACCUCAUUCGGUGGGCUUUUGUUCAAUGGUCUUUGGCUUUAGAAAGGGGUGAGGAAGAAACCAAGAUUAUUAUCGAUGAAGACAAAGUAAACGAACUGGUGGAAGACUUAAAAGAGCCGGACCAGGAAGAAGAAAGUGCCGAAGACAAAUUAAAAAAAGAAAUUGCAGAAUUAGAGGAAGAAAAGGAAACUCUAAAAGCUUCUAACUUAUCUUUUUUUAAACCCCUCAUCGUUAGCAAUAAUCAGGGAUUUUGUGAUAAGCAUAAUAAAACUACUUGCCAAAAUUCCGAAGGAGCGUGUGCUCUUUGUCAACUGGAAGAACAAGUCAAACAAUUUGAAAUUAUUAUUACCAAGAAAAAUUUAGUUACUUUGGAGAAAUCUUGA